UGUCGCCCCCACCCAACACAGUUUCCUUUCACUUUCUCUUCUAAGUCCAAAAGCCAAAAAGCCACCACACAGCACUGGCUUUUCUUUUCUUGCCUUUUGUUUUUCCUCCUGCAUUUGUCCAUGUCUGCUGCUCCCUCUUCUCAGUACCUGCAAAUGGGGGAGGAAUCAUACUUCGAAUUCCUUGUUAUUAUUUGACCACCUUUCUUUUCCUCUCUUUUUACCCCUUCCCCAUGUCUUCCUUCUCCUUCUUUUCUCUUCUUCUCCUCCCCUUUGUUCCUUCCCCUUAAUCUCCAUUUUCAACCCAUUAUUUUCACUCUAUUUCCUCACCUUUCUGGGGGAGGGGGGGUUACCCUUUUCUUUAUUUACUCUCAUUCUACUCUCUCUUUUCCUUUUCUUUCUUUUUUUUUGUCUGGUUGAGUGAGUUUGUUAUGUGGGUACUUGCACUGAGGUGAAAAAUUCUGUGGCUUUAACAAAAACUUGGGGUGUUCAUGGAAAUUGAUCUGAACCAUGCACUGAGUGAGGUGGAGAAGACUGCGGUUUGCAAUGGGGGCUGUGACAAACUGAACUGUGUGUGCUCUUCAUCUUCUUCAAACUUAGCUUCGCCUCCAUGUACCUCUUCCAUUUACUUGGAGCUUUGGCAUGCUUGUGCUGGCCCUCUCACUUCACUCCCGAAAAAGGGAAAUCUUGUUGUUUACUUCCCUCAGGGUCACUUGGAGCAGCUGGCCUCUGCCUCUCCUUUCUCUCCUUUGGAAAUCUCCACCUUUGAUCUUCCCCCUCACAUCUUUUGCAAAGUGGUGAAUGUCCAGCUUCUUGCCAAUAAGGAGAAUGAUGAGGUCUAUACACAGCUCACUUUACUUCCUCAGCCGGAGUUGAGAGAGCCUAAUUUGGAGAGCAAGCAGCUGGAUGAACUAGGUGUGGAUGAGGGAGAUGAUGGAUCGCCUAAAAGAUCAACCCCUCACAUGUUUUGUAAGACAUUAACCGCAUCGGACACCAGCACUCACGGAGGGUUCUCCGUUCCUCGUAGAGCUGCAGAAGACUGUUUUCCUCCACUGGAUUAUAAACAGACGAGGCCGUCUCAAGAACUUGUUGCCAAGGACCUGCACGGAGUUGAGUGGAGGUUUCGACAUAUAUAUAGGGGUCAACCGAGGCGACAUCUCCUUACUACAGGCUGGAGUAUUUUUGUUAGUCAAAAGAAUCUUGUUGCUGGUGAUGCAGUGCUGUUUCUGAGGGGUGAGGAUGGAGAGCUCAGGUUGGGAAUUAGAAGAGCUGUACGACCGAGGAAUUGUCUUCCUGAAUCGGUUAUUGCUAAACAGAAUUCAUAUCUGAAUGUUCUUUCUCCGGUGGCUAAUGCAUUAUCCAUGAAAAGCAUGUUUCAUGUCUUCUACAGUCCAAGGGCCAGCCAUGCAGAGUUUGUCAUACCCUUUCGGAAGUAUUUUAAAAGCAUAGCAAAUUCAGUGUGCAUUGGAACAAGAUUCAAAAUGAGAUUUGACAUGGAUGAUUCGCCCGAGAGAAGGUUUAGUGGUGUAGUGAUGGGAAUGGGGGACUCGGAUCCUUACAAAUGGCCCAAUUCAAGGUGGAGAUGCUUAAUGGUCAGGUGGGAUGAAGAUAAUAUGAUUGAUCGCCACGAGAGAGUCUCACCUUGGGAAAUUGAUCCUUCUGCUUCUCUCCCACCCUUUAGUAUUCAAUCUUCCCCGAGGUUGAAGAAACUGCGAACAGGUCCGCAGGCUGCCACACCCGACACCCUCAUUGCAGGGGGGAGUCGAUUUUUGGACUUUGAGGAACCGUUGAGAUCCUCUAAGGUCUUGCAAGGUCAAGAAAAUGUAGGUUUUGUAUCACCCUUAUAUGGGCGUGAUACUGUAAGCCGCCCGCUAGAUUUUGAGAUGCAAUCUCCUGCACAUCAUCAAAGUCUUGCGUCAACAGGGAUUGAAAAGAGUAAUAUUAGCGAGUUUAUGAGGGUUCGCUCCACCACAUACACAGGCUUUGCGGAUUCUAAUAGGUUUCCGAAGGUCUUGCAAGGUCAAGAAAUUUGCCAAUUGAGAUCCCUGACACAAAAGGCUGAUCUCAAUCCCGGUGUUUGGGCGAAAACCAAUCUUGGUUGCAAUUCAUUCAACAUGCAUCAAACACUGAGAACCAAUUGCUAUCCGCUAGCAUCAGAAGGCCUUCGAAAUAUGUAUUUCCCUUACGGUGAAUUUCUCAAAACCGUCCAAGAGCCGACAAUGAGCUCUUAUGCAUGUCCACUUCGAAGAGGUAAUGUCCCGUUUAAUGCUUCCUCAAUUAGGACAGGGGUAGGGGUUAUCGUGGAUGGGUUCAGAAAACCGAAUCAACAGAAUGAGCAUAAGCCAUUGGAGAAUAUUCCAAGUCCUGCUUCGGAAAACAAUUUGAGGAACCAACAGGAUGACUCCUUCAAAAGAAAUGUUGCUGGAUGUAAACUCUUUGGGUUUCCUUUGAAUGUGGAGUCGCCUACUCCAAACUCACAAAAUUCUGGUAAGAGGAGUUGUACAAAGGUUCACAAGCAAGGCAGCUUGGUCGGAAGAGCUAUUGAUCUCUCGAGACUGUACGGAUAUGACGACUUGAUGAUAGAACUUGAACAUCUAUUCGGAAUGGAAGGCGUAUUAAGUGAUCCGGAUAAAGGGUGGCGGGUAUUGUACACAGAUGGCGAGAACGACGUAAUGGUGGUUGGAGAUGACCCUUGGCAUGAAUUUUGUGAGGUGGUGUCGAAGAUCCACGUAUACACCCAAGAAGAAGUGGAGAAGAUGACAAUAGGAACGGGGAGCGAUGACACGCAAAGCUGUUUGGAGCAAGCAGCAGUGAUAAUGGAAGCAUCAAAGUCAUCCUCAGUGGGGCAGCCAGAUUCAUCAUCUCCAAUGUAAUAAGGGUUUGAAGAUUUGAUGUUUGUUUGUUUGUUUGUUUGCUUGCAUGUUUUUUUGUUGAUGAUGUGUUUGCCAUGUGUGCAACAAGUUGUUUGAAUGAAUCCCUAAAGAUUUCUUUUAUCUACCAAGUAAUUGUCAAAUUGGAAGCUAAAA